AUGGGGGUAUAUAAGUUGCCUAAUAGUGUCAUCGAUGAAAUUCGAUCCCUCACUGCAAGAUUUUGGUGGGAAAAUUCGGAUGCUAGGAGGAGAGUCCACUGGUUAAACUGGGAGGUUAUGUGCACACCAAAGUGCUUGGGAGGGAUGGGUUUUCGGGAUAUGGGAGUCUUUAAUGAAGCACUCCUUGGUAAGCAAGCUUGGCGACUUAUCAACAAUCCCGGAUCACUGUUUGGGCGAGUUAUGAAAGGCAAAUAUUUCCCUCACUCGGAUUUUUUAGAGUCCUCUCUUGGCUUUAAUGGCAGUUACGCAUGGCGUGGAAUAUGGGGAGCUAAAUCUCUUGUAAAAGAAGGGGUGGUCUGGAGCGUAGGUGAUGGCUCUAAAAUCAGAAUUUUUGAAGACCCGUGGCUAGCCGAUGAAAAGGGGAGGUUUGUUUUUACUCUAGGGAUUGAUAGGCUUAAUGUGGUCAAGGAUUUAAUAAAUGUUGAAACAAAUGAUUGGGACUAUGAGCUGCUUUUCGAGAAUUUUGAAGAGAGCGAUGUAAAAUGCAUUAUGACUAUACCACUUAGUCUCAGAACUCAGGAUGAUAUUCUGACAUGGGCUUUCUCCAAAGACGGGGUAUAUGAUGUGAAAUCUGCAUAUAUGAUUGAGAAGACUUGUGAUUUAGGGGCUUUCCAUCAAGUGUGGGUUGAUAUUUGGGGCCUUGAUACGAUCCCAAAGGUCAAACUCUUUCUCUGGUGA